AUGCGGGUUAUUUCUUCAGGGCCAUCCAAGGCUGAUGAAAACGAAGAGAAAAAAGAUGACAAGAAGAAUAUGCUCCUCAUUUCCGCCGCUUUUGGAAUCGGGACGUUGACAUUUUUUCUUUGCGUUUCGGCAGUUUUCUACUUUUCCGUGGACUCGGAGCUCUUCAAAGUGGAAUCAACUUACUGCCGCCCAGUCACGGCGAUGAAGCUGACGUAUCAUCCGAUUACUGAAAUCAUGGAAGAGAUUGAUCUGAUGCAGAAAAGUGCAAGUGCUUAA